AUGACCAAUCAAGACUCAUCAGAACCCUCCGAAUUCUGGCUAUACGGAUACGGGUAUGCAGCUUCUUUCCUGGCAUCAGAUCUCUCAUCAAUGCAUAUAUGUAUUAACGACCAUCUCCGUGUUGCGCAGGAGCUUGAUAUGGAAGCCUCCGCCACAUUUCGUGAGGAUCACCGAGGCACCCCAGAAGCUCCAGGUCGUGUUGUCACUCUCAUUGAGAGAUCCUACUGGGAACGGCUGACUGAUCACCAUGACUCUGCCCCAGAGCGAGUAUGGGGUGUUGCUUACCGUAUCAUUCCCGAAAAGGUCGCUGAGGUCAAGGAAUACCUUGAUAUCCGUGAGAUUAACGGAUAUACAAUUCACUACGCUCCGUUCAAACCUGCUGAUGGUUCACCUCCCAUUCGCACUCUGGUAUACAUAGGAACUCCGGACAAUGAGCAGUUCGUCGGUCCUCAGGACCCCCAGAAGCUCGCCGAACACAUCUUCCGUAGCCAAGGACCCAGUGGUCCGAACAAGGACUACCUUUUGAGUCUCGACACUGCUCUCAGUGAGCUUGCUCCUGAUAGCGGUGAUGUUCAUAUUCAUGAUCUCGCCCACCGUGUCAGAGAACUUGAGAAGAACUGCUCAGACGAGGAUAUUGUCCUCAACUCAGCGCCAUCCGCCCAUAUGCAGAAGCACAGUACAGAGGAGGCGGAGUAA